GGGGGAGGGGAGUUGGGAGGCCGGUUGGGCUUGCAGCACCGUGGGGAGUGAGCUCCUCGAGUUGGCCCACGGGCCGGGGACUGCAGCCGGAGGGAGGCCAGCCCGGGAUUCCCAACUUGUCGCCAGCCGCGGACCCUCCAGGCUCCGCUCAUUCAUUGCACGAGGAUGCAGGCUUCCUCCCGGCCGUGGAAUUUGAAAACUCCGCUCCCCACCCCCACGUUUCCCGCCCCUACCCGUUUGCCCCCGCGCACUGGACGGGUCUUUGGAGCGAUGGUUGGGGAUCCCAGUCCAGCCUCCUGGACGACGUGUGCCGUGCUGUGCGAGAUGGACUUUUCGGUGCUCGUCCUCUCGGAAGGCAGUUUGAUGAGGGCAUGAGUUCCGCCGGGUUUGGGGGCUCUUUUCCUGCUUGCUUUUAUUUUUAUUUUUCGUGGUUCUGGGGUCUUGGGGGGCCCAUUUCUUGUUACUUGGUAACAAGCGUUCAUGUCUCAAGAGGUGUGAGAACCUGUCUUCGCCUGCCCUCCAAAUCCUUUUAAGUUGUUCUAAUCUUGGAGAGGUCUCCGCGCUCUUUUCCUGAACGUGCAUCUGAAGAGGAAGCCAACGAGGCUGACGCUAUCAUUAUCUUUCCAAUGUGCCAGGCUCUGUCUUAAGCACUUUGCGUGCAUGAAUUAUUACUGUAAUCAUAACUGACGCUUCUAAAGCGCUUACUGUGUGUCAGGCAUUCUUUGAGCACUUAAGACAGAUUUCGUUUAAUUCUCCCACCCAUUGCAAGAUAUUUGCAAUUUUUUUUGUUUUUGUUAUUUUACAGAAGAAACUGAGAUGAAGUCACUUAACCAAGGUCACACAGUUAGUGACAGUUGGAUUUCAAAUCCACAUAGCCGGGAGCUAGAACCCUCUACAGACAACACUGUCACCUUAUGUAGGAAGGAAGGUGGCCAGUGGUUAAGUAAAGGUUAAUAGAAAGCUUUAAAUUUCGGCUCAUCUAAGACUUGUGAGGUGCCUGGCAAUUGAUUCAUGUUGAUGUGGGAGAGGGGCGAGGUUCAGCUUUUAAAGACGGAAGCUGAAAUGAGCUGCUUUCAGAUUCAAGGGCAUGUCAACGGAUGCUAACAUCUUAUCCACGACUUUGUAAGAAUUCAGUCAUAUCCCCUAACUUGGACACUUCAUAAUGGGAACUUGGCAGUUUUAACUGCUUUUUGCCUUUAUACAGUCCUAAAAUAUUGUUGGACUAUAAAUGCAGUGAGUGGUGGAGUCGAGGGCAUGAACAGUUGGACAGCUCUGGUGUUAGAAUUUACAGAUCUUUUAAAUGAGAGGGUCCAAGCCUGGUAAGAAUGUCCAGCUUCAGGAGAAUGAAAUCAGAGGACUGUGCUUAAAGUCUCGUGAAAUCUUUCUCAGUCAGCCUAUCCUACUAGAACUUGAAGCACCACUCAAAAUAUGUGGUGACAUCCAUGGACAAUACUAUGAUUUGCUGCGACUUUUUGAGUACGGUGGUUUCCCACCAGAAAGCAACUACCUGUUUCUUGGGGACUAUGUGGACAGGGGAAAGCAGUCAUUGGAGACGAUCUGCCUCUUACUGGCCUACAAAAUCAAAUAUCCUGAGAAUUUUUUUCUUCUCAGAGGGAACCAUGAAUGUGCCAGCAUCAACAGAAUUUAUGGAUUUUAUGAUGAAUGUAAAAGAAGAUACAACAUUAAACUAUGGAAAACUUUCACAGACUGUUUUAACUGUUUACCGAUAGCAGCCAUCGUGGAUGAGAAGAUAUUCUGCUGUCAUGGAGGUUUAUCACCAGAUCUUCAAUCUAUGGAGCAGAUUCGGCGAAUUAUGCGACCAACUGAUGUACCAGAUCAAGGUCUUCUUUGUGAUCUUUUGUGGUCUGACCCCGAUAAAGAUGUCUUAGGCUGGGGUGAAAAUGACAGAGGAGUGUCCUUCACAUUUGGUGCAGAAGUGGUUGCAAAAUUUCUCCAUAAGCAUGAUUUGGAUCUUAUAUGUAGAGCCCAUCAGGUGGUUGAAGAUGGAUAUGAAUUUUUUGCAAAGAGGCAGUUGGUCACUCUGUUUUCUGCGCCCAAUUAUUGUGGAGAGUUUGACAAUGCAGGUGCCAUGAUGAGUGUGGAUGAAACACUAAUGUGUUCUUUUCAGAUUUUAAAGCCUGCAGAGAAAAAGAAGCCAAAUGCCACGAGACCUGUAACGCCUCCAAGGGUUGCAUCAGGCCUGAACCCGUCCAUUCAGAAAGCUUCAAAUUAUAGAAACAAUACUGUUCUAUACGAGUGACCGAUUAUGCUUUCUUUGGCCUACAUUCUUUAUUCUGCGGUGAAGUUGAGGCUUAUAAGUUAAAACAAAGGAACUAACUUACUGUCCACCAGUUUAUACAGAACUCACAGUACCUAUGACUUUUUUAAACUAAGAUCUGUUAAAAAAGAAAUCUGUUUCAACAGAUGACCGUGUACAAUACCGUGUGGUGAAAAUGAAUUCAGACUUAUUAAAUGAUGAACUUGUUAAAUCUUCUCAGUGUCUAUUUAUCAGCACAAUACACACAGGAGAACUGUUGAUGGCAUAUUGAAUAGAUUUUCCUGAAUAAAUUGCUCUGGAAACCA